GGCCGGCUCUUUCCGCCGCCGGAGCUGCCCCGCCCCCGGGGCUGCUGCCCGGCUUCCUUCCUUCCUCCCCUCUUCCUUCCGCCGUGUUCCAGCGGGCUCUCCCGGGCGGCGGGGCAGGAGGUGCCGUGGUCAUGUCGCUGCUCUGCUACAACCGGGGCUGCGGGCAGCGCUUCGACCCCGAGAACAACACGGAGGGUUCAUGCACAUACCAUCCAGGUGUGCCUGUUUUUCAUGAUGCUCUCAAAGGCUGGUCAUGUUGUAAGAGGAGAACAACAGACUUUUCUGACUUCUUAAGCAUUGUGGGCUGUACAAAGGGUUUCCAUAACAGUGAGAAACCUCCUGAGCCUGUUAAACCAGAAGUCAAAACUACCUCUGAGCGAAAGGAGCUAGCUGAACUGAAACCCAAAUUUCAAGAACACAUAAUUCAGGCACCAAAACCAUUGGAAACAAUUAAGAGACCAAGCCCAGAUGAGCCAAUGACAAAUUUGCAGCUGAAAGUGUCAGCUUCCUUGAAACAAGCUCUCGAUAAACUGAAACUGUCAUCAGAAAAUGAAGGGAGAAAAGAGGAAGAUAGUGAUGAAAUCAAGAUUGGGACGGCAUGUAAAAAUGCUGGCUGUUCAAAAACAUACGAAGGACCGCACAGCACAGAAGAAGUAUGUAUAUACCAUUCUGGUGUACCUAUUUUCCAUGAAGGGAUGAAGUAUUGGAGCUGUUGUAAAAGAAAAACUUCUGACUUCAAUACAUUUCUAGCUCAAGAAGGCUGCACAAGAGGAACACACAUGUGGACUAAAAAGGAUGCAGGUACUAAAGUAGUUCCAUGCAGGCAUGAUUGGCACCAAACUGGAGGAGAAGUGACUGUUUCUGUAUAUGCUAAAAACUCUGUCCCUGAUCUGAGCUACGUGGAAGCUAAUAGCACAAUGGUAAAUAUCCAUAUUGUAUUUGAAGGAGAAAAGGAGUUUCACCGUACUGUGAAGUUAUGGGGAGUGAUCGAUGUAAAGAGGAGUUACGUGAACAUGACCGCUACAAAGAUUGAGCUCACCAUGAGAAAAGCAGAGCCCCUGCUAUGGGCAAGUCUGGAGUUACCAGUCUCCAACACACAACCAAAACAGGAGAGUUCGGAUCAAUAACAAUUCCAAGAGACAAGUUAUUUUCCAUAAUGAAGUGGUGACUUGCUACUGUAAUCAAAUAUUUAACUUUUAUAUAGAUUUUUUUUUUAAUGCUAGUUCAUCUGUUCCCUUCUAGAAAGAAAUUUGACGCACAGCAAAUGGGGGUGUAAACUUGAAAGGGUAACAGUUAUUUCUGCUCUUGCUCCCAUGGGUAUGUUUAUGCUAGAUGUGAUGUCUCCAUGGGAAUUUGGAGUAAAACAGCUAUUGCCCUUUGCUUGCAGCCUUCCCUUCCAUGCACUGACUAUCCCAGUAGAUGUGCUCUCUGUUCGCAGUGAGUGUCUUUGUUUUUCAGCUGUUCUGUUUAGUCUGAAUGCAUUUGGUAGCCUGUGUUAAAUUCAACACUGUUAUGAAGCUUACAGUAAUGCAGACACAAAAAUCUGAGACUGAACUGAUUGGCAUGUAAUUCUACAUCUAGAGUAAAAGGUUACAUAAACAGAAAUAGGAAGUUGUACACUUGUAGACUUUCGUGUUCUGAAACGAAGUUUUCUUUCAGUACCUGUUGGCUUAUGUAGGAAUGAAAUGAAUGGUGUUAUUCCAAGGAUUUCAGUACUGCUGACUCCUGCUGUCUUUCAUGUAUCAAAGCAGAUCAGGUUUAAAUUUUAAAAAAGGUGGCAAGAAGGGAUUAUUUUUACUCUUUUACAUUUGCUAUUUCAAUAGUUAAAUAUAAAAGCAAAUGGACAGUGAAAUGGCUGUAUAACUUAGCAUUUCAGCUGUGAAGAGUAUGCAAACAGCAAACUAUUGUAAAAUUACCAAAGUGCUGUAUAUAUUCGGCAGCCUUUAGAAUGUAUAGUCUGUCCUAUUUUACAGCAUUGAAAAUCUCAAGAUUCUUCUCAAAGUAGAUGGAUAUGUGUAGUAGGAGAAGCCAGGACACGCUGUAGGUGUCUUGGUAAAACAAUUUCCAAAUAGAUAUGUGUAUCUCGUGACUCUGAGGAUGGUCAUCUAAGAACUGCAGUUCUAUACAGGGCAAAACUUAGGAAAACAACAUGCUUUACAAUCUGUCUCAUAUUGUAAUUGUACCUUUGACUCAACACUUCAGAAGAAUACUGUAUCUUUUGAGCAGACUGUAAUUAGAAAUCAAGACCUUAGUUUUGUUUUCAGUUCAUCAGUAAAGGUGUGUGGCUGAAAACAGGAUAGCUGUAAAGAUGUGAUUUUUUUUUGAUUUUUUUUUUUAAUUCAGGCAGCAACAUACUCAGUAACAUUACUUUCUAUUUCUGGUUGGAAUAGUUUCUUAAAUUUGGCUUGCAGCUGAAAUAAAGAUGUUUUCCUAUUAAAGUAAUAAAUAAUGCACACCGUUUAUUGUGCCUAAUCCUGUAUACGUAAACAAGAGGGUUUGUGGAUUGUUAAAUGCGUGGAUGCUCAUCUAUCAGCCUUGGCAGACCUGGAAUAGUGUCAGGAGAAACACAAGGUGUAGUAAAGGCAUUCUGAAGUGAAAUGCAGAUUUCUGAGAAUCUUGCUGUUUUCCAGUAGGUAUGAUUUGACUCAGAUUUCUGUCUCUAACAGUACUUGAAAUCCUACUUCAUGCUUAAAGUAGUAGGAAAUACAUUACCAAAGAAACCAUCCCUGAACACCAAGAAGGUAACACUGGUGAUACAAAUAUAUAUGUACACAUGCGUAAAAUUGUUUUGGUGCUUUUCUCUACCUUAAUCUCAAGAUCCUUUGUCUUCAACUACUUAGUUUGAGCAUGGCUGUAUGCUCCUUUGGGCCCUUUUAAAAAAUUUCAGCUCUAAGUUCUGCUGUAUAGAUUCUGUUAACCUCUAAUAAUGCCUUUUUUUCCUCUUUUUUUUUAAAAUCUGAAAAUGUCAGGUACUGCAAAGUGAUGGGGUACAAGCUUAUAAAAUACGUGCCUGCCAGGUGGUCCUCUGAAAAUUGAACAGAUGUUCCUUGAUGUGUUCUGAACCAACAAGUAGAGUACUUAUUAGUUAGUGUGACACUGAGAACAUCAGUGGAUGAAAAAUUCUAGAUAGCUGUAGCUACUAGCAUGCCAUCUGUGUUGGUGGGUGCAGAAAUCUGAACUUGGACAGCAAAAUUAGUAGUGCUUAAAUGCCAGGAUAAAGUUCUUGUUUAACAAGCAAGUUCAAAUGUGUCUAUGCAUAUGGAUAUAUAAAUAUCCUAAAUAUGUUAAAAAAUAUGGAAAACAUAUUUUCUCUUAAUUUGCAUCCUCAUGUGCAUUAGGUUUAUGUAAUGUAAAACCUAUUUUAAAGAACUACAUGGAAAAUGGAGUUCCUUGGGAAAACAAUUUCUGUUUUUCAGUAAGUUGUAUUCUGCCUUAGUGCACUAACAAAUAGAGAGAAAUGUGGAUGAAUGGGCCGUCUCAUGUGAAUGCUGCAGACUUUGGGAUCCUUUAACUACUUGUUACACUCUUCCAAACUAUGUUCUGCUGGUAGCUUAGUCACCUUGGCCAUAAGUGGGAGAAAGCUCCUGUGAACACAGUCCCCAGUUUUGCUUUUGCUUUUUUUUCCUCCUGUUCUUCUCUUAUUGUUCAUACUUUCAGAACAAAGCUAAAGAUACUUCAGGUGUUCUAAAAUGACUCCCCCCCCCAAUCAGUGGCAAAACAACCACUUUUAAAGCUUACCUGUUAAAAAAGCAAGCAAACAAAUUAAAGAACCCAUGAAAACCCCACCAGCUUUGGUCAGGCAAGAAAGUAUAGAUAGUACAAUAACAGCAUAGUUUCUGUGCCGUGGGAUGCUUUUCAAAAUAAAAGUAUAAAACCCUUCAGAUGGCCUUGACUGCCAUAAGCUGUCUGUUUAACUGCAGCAAUUCUUAGCAGAUUUUAUAACCGUAUGUCUGCAUCUAUCCUGAAACUCCAAGAGCUGUAUCACUCACUGUAUUUGAGCAGUUGCUCACAACAGGCUUCAACACACCAAGGGUUGUUCCUGGUGUUUCAUGCAAUGACAUCCUGACAUGCAUAGUGGUAGCAAACACUUUGAUGGAAUAUUGGCUUGGCUGUAACUUUUAUUAGUAAGUAUGGAGAGAAGGGAGGCCAACUGUGGUGUACUAAACCAAUCAUGAUGGCUACUUUCCCAAAAGCAAGAUCUGUCAAGGAAGCAAAGUGAUAUGUGAUCACAGGCAUUCACCUGUCUAAUAAUAUGACACUAUAUUGCAAACCAGUAUGAGCAGGAGUAUUCAGUGUUGAAUUCAUCCUUUUUUCAUGCUCUCAGAUCUUGUGCUGUACUUAUCAAAAUAAGUUGAUACAGUCUGACUAUAUUUUUAUAAAUGAGUGUUUAAGAGCUGUAGUGUGUUUCAGUAUGGGUUUAUGUGUUACACAUGUAGACAAGCAUGUCACGUGAGUUAGAGCUGGCUGUCCAGGUGCAUAUAAAACUUCACCUUCAUGAUCCCUUUAUAAUACAAAAAAUUGCAUGGGUAUACAAGUUUAUGACAGAAAUCUUAAUAUUUUCCCUCAUGUAUAAGCCCAUUUUCCUAUCUAACAGAUUUCACACCUAACAUUACAUCUCAGGUAAAAAGUGAUAGAGGAUGAGAGGAAAGGGCCUCAAGUUGCACCAGGGGAGGUUUAGAUUGUUAGGAAAAACAGUUUUUAUGGAAGGGGUUGUCAGGGAUUAGAACAAGCUGCCCAGGGGAGAGUGCAGUCACCGUGCCUGGAGGUGUUUAAAAAAAAUACGGCACUUGAGGACAUGGGUUAAUGGUGAACAUGGUGGUGGUGCUGCCUUGGUGGCUGGUGACCUUAGAGGCUUUUCCAGUCUUAACAAUUCUGUGUUCUUGUAUCUGUAAGAACAUUUCUUGGAGGAAUUGGAAUUUAUGUGAAAUAUUAAUACAUUGCUAAGCACAGGGCUGAUCAGCUAUAUUGACUCUAAGGUGCUGAUACAACUUGACAGAAUAAUCUUCCAUUGGAUGGUAUAUUCUGGAUUGUGUACAUUAUCAAGUCACCAUUUCAGUAGUUUAGGAAUUAGUUUUACUAGGAAUUUUGCCUUCAGAAAAAAAUAUACCUAUUCUACAUAAUGAUGCAUUUUUGGCUUGCAUUCUUUAAACAUGGCAUGAGUAUUGAUUAAAUACUAUAUCUGUUAAUGAUUGGUCUUUCCCAAUUUGCUUCUAAAUUUUUUUUACUUCUGUUCAGGAAGGAGAUCCUUUUUUAAGUAAUGAGUUACGUGUCUGGAACACUGUUUAAGGGUGGUAAUCAUUUUGGCAUUAUAAGAGUCUUGAAUUACAGUUGAAGAGGAGAUGACUUUUCGCAUGGCUGUUUGAUUCUGCACAUUCACAAAACGUACACACAGAAAUUAAUCUCGUGUCUUCAUGCUCUAGUUUUUUUCUAAAUGUAUCCAAUAAAAUUCUUAUUACGUGCUGGUUGCAUUUGA